CGUUGUAAUGUUACUUUUAGUUUGAUGUCGGAGCCUCGACGAGCCGGUCGUAAGCGAAAUCGUAAGCGAGACUUUAGUGCGAUUCCGCUCCGUUCCGCCGGGUGUGUGUGCGUGUUUAGUUCGAGUUGACUCGAGCUGAGGCGAAGCAGAAGCAGAAUCGGAAUCAGAAUCCAGCGGAAUCGAGAAUCAGAAUCGAAACCGAAAGUGGUUCUCCGCGUGUGCGAGCUAUAGUGUGUCUGUGUGAGUGUGUGUGUGUGCAUGUGUACGUGUUGUGUUUGGGCCCGCUUUUCUGCUUUUCUACCCCCGAAAAAGCAAAGCACAGCAUAAAACUGUGCGCUCGUAAGCGCGUCUAUGUGCCGCCUUAGUGUGUGUGUGUGUGUGUGUGUGAGUGCUAGUGUAUGAGUGUGGCCAGGGGAAAGGAGGCAAAGAAAAGAAAACCAACCCCCACCAGCGACGGCGGAGAACAGGAAAACAACAACAGAAGGCACACAACCAGCGCACCACCACCAUCAUUACCAUUACCGCCACCACCCACUACAACACUUCGUCAUCGUUUCGCGUUGUGCAGAAAAUAAUUACAAAUAAAAUAUAAAGAAAAAAAUAUAUAAAAUAUAAAGUAAUACUAGCUCCCGAUCGAGUUAUAGUGCUAAAGCGAUUUGAAAGAUUGUCUUGCUUAAACCAAAAGGGCCCCUCGAGGCCCCGUAAACCGAACUAGUAUCCAAUACCCCGCCGAUCAUCCCGAUCCUGACAUGAUGAACUUCUCCGCGUUCGGCGGCCCCUUCUCCGGCAUCCACCAAUUUGCCGCUAAAUUCGACGCCCAGACGCCCGGCGCCUUUGGCACGCCCCCCGCGGCCGCCGCGAAUGCAGCAGCCGCAGCGGCAGCGGCCGGCACCGAUAACCAUGUGCAGCGCUAUCAGACCAAUGGCAAUCACUUUAAUCAGAAUGUGCCCAACGUUUCGGCUGCCAACAACAUGCAAUAUGGCCAGAAUAUCUCCAUACCGUACUCACAGCCGCAGGGUGAUCUAAACUUUCUCAAUGCAGCCGCUGCGGCCGAUCAUAAGGGUAAAAUCCAUCCAAAAAUCGAACGUGACCGGGAAGAAGUCCUCAACCAGCAGAUCCUGCAGAAUGUCAACCAAUCCUGGCAGACAUUGGCAAAUACGGCCAACACGGUGGACUACUCGUCGCACCUGCUCUCCGCCACACUGCCCAUCUCCAUACAGCACUUCCUCAAGUACUCGGAGACGAUCAAGAAGGAGUCCACCGGCGAUGUCCUGAAGAACGGCACCAAUUUGGCCAGCCUGGCGCUGGGGGGCGUGGCCCUAACGCCCAGCAACAACGGAGCGAAUGGUGGCCACCACAACGGACUGGUGGGCAUGGACCAUGGCGGUCACAUGGCCAACAUGACGGACGCCAACGGAGCGGCGCUGACGAACGGUGCAAGCAACGGGGUGAACGGCAAUGCCAACGGCACCGUGACCAAUGGUGGCGCCGGCGCUGUCUCGAGCACAGGAUCCGUGGGCACAACAAACGCCAGCGGCGGCACGGGCACGGCCAGCGGCAAGAAGACCAAAAAGAAGAAACCACCAAAGGAGAAGAAGCCGCGCCCCAAGCCGGGUGAAAUCCGCGAGACAAAGGCGCUGGAUGGCUCGACGCUCUACUGCUGCCCGGAGUGCCAAAUGGCCUAUCCGGACCGCAGCCUCAUCGAGCAGCACGUCAUCUCGCACGCCGUGGAGCGGCGCUUCGUCUGCGACAUCUGCAAUGCGGCGCUGAAGCGCAAGGACCACCUGACCAGGCACAAGCUCUCCCACAUACCGGACAGGCCGCAUGUGUGCAAUAUCUGCAUGAAGUCCUUCAAGCGCAAGGAGCAGCUCACUCUGCACAUUGUCAUCCAUUCCGGCGAGAAGAAGCAUGUUUGCAUUGAGUGUGGAAAAGGUUUCUAUCGCAAGGAUCACUUGCGCAAGCACACGCGAUCGCACAUCGCCCGGCGCGUCAAGUCGGAGGUGUCGGCGCAGAAUGUGAACGGAUCCGCCGGCGGAGGUGGCGGCGGUGGAGGCGGCAACAGUGCGCAGAGCAAUGCGCUGCACGGCUCCUGAGGAUCGUACAAGGACUUCUGGUAAACUCCCAGCCGAAUUUCAAGCCAUAAGAGGCGGCCAGCCUGCUGGCGGCGGUGGACAGUAGGUAUCCGUAUACGGAUUCGACUGACUGAGGCCGGGAGCAGGCGAGCUGCCUUUGAAAUUCGCUGGGGGCUUACCGGGGGUCCUGCUGAGCGUCACCCAACUCCAAUUACAAUAACCCUCAAUAAACACGAGUUAUACUUACUGGAUGCAAGUAUUAGUUCACGAUUUUGUUCACGACACUUUCAGUUCUUUAGCUUUAGUUCUUUCAGUUGAGAUUUUCGCACAAACAGUCGAGCAAAGUAUAGCAAUCGAAAUGUACAAAUCAGCAGAAUGACAGAUUUAAAUUCGAGUUUUGUAUGCGCAUAUGUUAAGGGAAGAUAACGCUGCUUAAACGUCGCUUUCGUUUCUUUUUGGGGAUCUGUGAUCUGUAGUCGCUGCAUAAACUAAAAACAAACGAGACGAUCGUAGGCGGUCGAAAGCUGUUCUAAGAAUAAGUUAAUACGAGUUACGAGUAUGUCUGCAACCGAUUUAAUUAUACAUGUGCAAUUUAUAAUCCUUUUGAUUUGCCUUUUUGUUGCCCUCGCGGCGCUUUUGUUCACUACAUUUAAUGCUAAAUGUGUUUUCCCCUCAGUUCAAGGGGGGAAAAUUCUUAUUGAAUUAUGCACACUUUUUAAGGAAGUAAGAAGCUCUACAAGCGAAAUUUGUACUUCUAGUCUUGUAUUUUAUUUUACCGAUAGGCAUAGAGGGAAACCCGAAACGAGGUCAUGUAAUCUUAAGCUUUUAAACUUGAAUGUUCAAAGGAAAACCUUCGACGCGAGUCACACCAAACACUAAACAGAGAGCCGCAAUACGAACUUGCAUCUUGGCAUGCCCAACUUCCAGCCAUCGUCAUUGCUUGCAACUGCAAUAACCAACAGUAAACCUAUAUUCCGCUUACCAAUCAAUACCAAUAGCAAUACCGAUACAGCUACAGAUACAGAUACAGCUAUAUUUACAGCUACAGAUACAGCUACAGAUACAGAUACAGCUACUGAUACUGACACCGAUAACUGAUAACCACAAAUAGAGUUAAGAGCCACAUAUACAGAUACAGCAGCAAUAGCCAUAGCCAUAGCGUUGCAGAUAGCACGGGUCAACAAUCCAACAGAAUCGCUAAACUUAAUCGAGCAAUUGCAUGAGAAUGCAAGAGCAACAAUAACCGGAAACACAACUGUAUAAAAGGAUAUUUUUAUAUAUAUAAAUACAAAAGAGAGAGCAUAUGAAAACCGAAUAGGAAUAAAGGCAUAAAACAAUAACCGAAAUAAAGUGCAAACACUUCCAGCAAGUGACAACGUAAUUUACUGUUCAAAUACAAAGCAUUUUGAGAUUAACGAUUAACGAUUAAAGUAAACGAUUUAACAGAUCCAAACGCAUACAUAGCAAUAUAGCAAUGCGACAUAUUGCAAGCCCUUGUAUAGUUACAUACGAAGCUUCAAACUAAAUACGCUAACCUACAGAUACACACAUAUACAUAGAUACGGAUGCGGAAUCAGAUAUUGUAAAGCGAACACUCAGCCACUUGUUUGUUUGUCUCUUUCCUUGUUUGUUUCGAUCACCCAAUUCAAUUCGAUCAAAUGACCCACUGAGCUCAAACUUUAAUCUCGAUUUGAUUUUGAAUCUAAAUGGAAAUGGAUAUUGUUUCACAUUCCAACUUAAAUCACAUUUUAAAGUCAUAAUCCGGUUAUAACCAAUGGAUCUAGGGCUAAACACUUGCAAAACCAAAGUAAAAGUAAAGUUUGAGCCAGAGCGACAUUUGCAUGCAUUUUUCACGUUCAAAACUAUUUUUCCGGCACACUUCUUACGAAAAAUGUACUUAAUCAGAGAGGUAACCUUCUGGGUUGGUGCCAAAAACUUGUGUAUUUAUUCGAUCCGGUGCCAGCCAGUUUGGAUCUACAGUAGUGUACAGUGCGGAACGUAAAUGAAACACUUGCAGUGAAGUACAAAUAUUUUAACUACACACCUAAAUACACACAAGAGAAGAAGCACCCAUGACACAGCAGCAAAUUGCAUAUAGACAACCGAGUAAACCGAGUAAACCGAAGAGGUGUAUUAGCCAAAAAUUAAUGGAAAAACAAACGAAACUAAGCAAAUCUCAAUACAGUUACUACGCUAGAGGGUAGCAUAUUAUUAAUGCGUUUUGUUGGCCCGAAAGACAGAGGCAAUUUGUAAACAAUAACGUGACAACAUAUAAAUAAUUAAGCAACCUUCACAGCAAACAAGGAGUUAUUAUUUUGCCAUUGAUUUUCUCGGUCUCACUCACUCUCUCUCUCUCUAUCUUGACACACUAAAUCGAAUAAGAAAAUAUAAAACAAUAAGUUUAUAAAGAAAAAGUUGCAAUAAAUGACAAACAAAUGAAAUUAAAUCACUCAGGGAUAAAGCCUCCAAAAGAAAAACAUAAAAUAAAAAUGCAAUAUUUUAAACGAAGUGAAAAAAGAAAAGAAAAAUGAAACAAAACAAAACAAAUGAAAAGAAAAGAAAAAGAAAAGAAAAAUUUAAUCUAAUGAGGAAGUACAUUUUAAAGUUAAAAAUAUUUUAGUAUAAUACGAGAAGGACAAACUUAAAAAAGUUUUAGAAAUUUGCACAAAUUUUGGCAUUUUAUAAACGCAAAACGAACCAUCAACCAACUAAAAUGCAUAACGAACGAACAAACAAAUGACGAAAUAGAUACAUAUUUUCACACACUUCAUUGGCUUAUCGAAGGUAUAAAAUCGACAAUUACAGGAUAGAUCUAGAUCGCAACAACCGACUUCAUAGGCAAACGGUCCGUGCAACUUUUAGUGCAUUUAAAUACAAUAUAAACACAAAAACCAGAGCAAACACAAAAAUUAUCGAAAAGAAAAACCCAAGCAGUUCAUAUUUACAGGAGAUAAAUAAGUAAAAGUAAUGCGGGGGUUUGCGGCCAAAGAGAAGUUUAAAUUGUAGUUAGAGGUGGACGGAUGAAUACGUUAGGAUGGCAUUUGAGGCAAGAAGGAAGAUCAUUACACCUUUUACAUUGAACGACGAUACAAUGCCGAUGCGAUUUAGAAUGCCGCAACCAAUUUGAAACUGUACGUAUUGAAUUUAUGUUUAGUGUCUGCAGCAUGCGGGGGAUGUGAAGGAAAAAUCUAAGAAGGGAAGGAAAAGGGAUCGACGGGCGAAGAGCUAAAUACAUUUAAGGGUUAGAUUUUCUGCGAAAGGACUGAAGUUAAGGCAACGUAGCGUUUAAAUGCAAAAUUGAAUUGAAGAUGAAACCGAGUGUUAUGGAUAAUGGAGCGUGCGCGAAUGCGAUUGGUGACGAAAAUUACUUGUUUUAAGGCUGGACUUAUGUAAUUUCGAGCAAAAACGAUAGUAGCGAAACAAAAACAUGUAAAAUGCAGAUACAAUAUUUUUAUAAUUAAAAAAAAGGUACCCCCACACCUUAAUCCCCAACCCCCCCACCCUCCACCCCUGAUCUUACUAAGUUUAAUUAAAACUGCAAUUAUCGUUAAAGACGUAUUUACUGUUUGUGAUCCAAAUUCAUUGAUUAAACGUAAACUACACAAA